CCGUGCCACCACAGGCGACCUCCUCCAUUGCUUCUCCUCUCCUCUUCCUCUCUCCGUUCUUUAGUGUCGUCAGCCAUCGCCGCCGGGAAACGGGGAUCACUUUGUUGGUGGGACUUGAGACGGGCAGAAUGUCUUCAUCGCCUCCGGCUUCGACGGUGGCGGACGCGGCGGCGGUGGGUCAUCCGUCGCAGCUGGCCAUCAGCAACGGGGUGCUGCUGGCGGCGGUGAUCUUCCUCUUCAUGGUCGUCGUCUUCGUCUUCCUCCUCUACCUCUACGCCAAGCGCUUCUUGGGGGCCAACCCCAUGCUCAACGGCGCCGGCGCCACCUCCUCGCGCUUCAUCUUCGUCGGCGACUCCCCGUUCCCGCGCCGCGGCCUGCCGGCCUCCGUGCUCCGGACCCUCCCCGUCGCCGUCUACGGCGGCGGCGCCUCGCCCAAGACGCCCGGCGGCCAGGGGAGGAGGAGCAGCCGCGACGCGCUCGAGUGCGCGGUGUGCCUCUCGGAGGUGGCCGACGGCGAGAAGGUGCGGACGCUGCCCAAGUGCGGCCACCGCUUCCACGUCGACUGCAUCGACAUGUGGUUCCACUCCCACGACACCUGCCCGCUCUGCCGCGCCCCCGUCGGCGCCGACGCGGACGAGCCCGCCGCCGAGGGGCUCCCCCGCGUGCCGCGCGAGGACCACGCCACGCCGGAGUUCCCCAUGUUCCCCACCAACGUCCUCUUCUGGGGCACCCACGACGACGUCACCAACGGCGGCCUCGGAGGGAUGCCGCCGGCGCCGGCCCCGGCACCUCCGAUCGCCGCCGCCUCCACCAGCUCCUCGGCCUCCGGGCGCAGGAAGGAGAACCUGGUGAUCGACAUCCCCACCCGGGCGAUGGCGGUGGGCGCGGCGUCGACAUCCCCCGCCACGCCGCUGCCGGCGAGCGACCUGCGGUCCCCGAUGUCCGCCCGGCUCCGGUCGCUGCGCCGGCUCCUGAGCAGGGGCAAGCAGGCCGUGGUGGGCGCGUCAUCAUCCCCCAGCCCGCGCGGCGGCGGCGACAUCGAGCAGGGCCUCGUCGGGCGCCCGCCGAAGACGCCAAAGACGCCUCCGGCGGCUAACUGAUCCGAAAACUACAUAGCUCUCCGACGCAUUGGCUCGCCUCGCCGAUCACCGGAGUGUCUAUACAUACAUGUGUUCAUUCUUUCUUUCUUCUUCCCUUUCUUUGAUUCUUCUUCUCUUUUUCGCCAAGGAUUUUGGCCAGAAAUUCUGAUGUAAACAAAAAGAUGUUUGGCAUUGGUGUCACUGAUUGGUUAUUGAUGUUGAUGGAUCAUUCAUGAAA